AUGUCAAUUGAUCAACUUGGAUUGCUUCAUUUGCUGACACCCUCACUUGUUCAUCUCGAUGUAAAGACUAAUCGACAAGUGUCAUUCAAUUUCCUCCAACGUUUUUCUCAAUGGGAAAUAUUUCUUUGUCAAAAACUUCGUUUACUUGAAAAAUUUAAGUUUGUCAUUAAUAUUUGUGAGUAUCAAUUUGAAUCUAUUGAAUCGAUUCUCACUGCUUUUCGUACACCAUUCUGGUUAGAUGAUAAACGUUGGUUUAUCACCUGUCAAUUAAUUGCCGAUAAUGUAUCAAAUUCUGGUCUUAUUCUCUAUUCAUCCGAAGGAACAUGGACCGAAUUUCCUUUCAAUACUCGAGAAAGUAUUUUAUCAUACUUUACUUUUACUAGAAAAGAUGAUAAUGCAGCAAAUAUGAGCAGUAAAUGGUAUGUUCGUUCCGAUUUGGCUCGAAUGGUAACAGUGUAUCAACAGGCCAUAUUUAAACUUGUUCGUCAAAUUUCAUCACAAUUCAAUGAUAGACAAAUGAAUAUUGAUCUUCCUCGAACAACAACUACAGGAGCUUGUAUUCCUACUACAGUUCAAUUUGAAGAAGUUCAUGAAAUGUUGAAUAUCUUGGCAGGUGGCAUCGAAGCAUUGGUCAAUAAUAAACAACGUCUAAGUAAUGAAUCAUUCCAAAUGCAAAUUACACUUAAAAUAUUGGAAGAAGAAUCAUCGAAAUUAAAAUAA